CAAAAGAUCAAAAUUCUCUACUUGAAGGCAUAUCCAAGCUCCAAAAGAACAAGGCAGAAAACUGAAACUGAAUUCAAUGAAUCUCACCUGUGUACAACCUUCGUUUAAACUAUCCACUUAUCAUGUCCCUGUAACAUUUCUGGGUUCUUCUUCUUUCUUCCAGAAUCACCAAGCAAACCCAAGCAAAUCAAGCAGAAAUUUGAGGACUUACAUAGAUGGAAUAGCUGUUAAAAGGAAAGGAGUAAUUGUACGUGGGUGGUUCUUGCCAGUGGAUCCAUGGGCACCAAACAUUGUAUCCGAAAGCAUUGCUUCACAACUUUUUGCAGCUUCUUUGUUUCCUUACGUUGGGUUCUUGUACUUCAUCACCAAGUCCAAGUCUGCUCCGAAGCUCACCCUUUUCGGCUUUUACUUCCUGCUUGCCUUCGUCGGCGCCACCAUCCCAGCCGGCAUUUAUGAGAAGGUGAAUUAUGGUACUUCCUUGUCUAAUGCGGAUUUGUUACAUGGAGGGACAGAAUCACUUCUCGCUUUAACCAACUUAUUCAUGGUCUUGGGGUUGAGACAAGCUCUUCGGAAAAUUGAGGAUGCAAAAGAAAGCACAUCGAGUUCUGUUCCUGACGUGAAAAUGCAGAAGAAGCCUUGAAUACAGACAAAGUCAGUGUAAUUCAAUUCAGUUGGAUAUUGCUUCUUUCUUCUUGUUCUCCAAAGAUUCCCUUGGCACAUACAAAUUCUUCUUCGCUGCUGACUAGAGCUUGGUUGUCGGUUCAUUUCUGAAUCUCUUCAAACAGAUUUCGACUUUCCAAUUUAGAACUAAUGAUGCUGCCAGAUUUCUCAGUGUCCUUGUUUAAUAGGGUUUUAUUUUUUUA